AUGUCCAAAGCUUUCGAUAAUGACGACGACGAGCUCUUCAAGGAGCUCGAGCGUGACGAAGACAUUGACUACUCCAAUAUCCGCGAAAAGCGGAUGGAGGAGCUCAAGCGAGAGGUCGAGAGGCUGCAGGAAAUGAAGAACAAUGCCCACGGAACCUACGAAAACAUUACCUCGGAGAAAGAGGUCCUUGAAACAUGCACCAAAACCAAACAUGUGAUUGUCCAUUUCUAUCACAAGGAGUUUCGCCGCUGCCAGAUCGUAGAUAAGCACCUCGAGAUUCUCUCGCGGAAGCAUUUCAAAACCAAAUUCGCCAAGGUUGACGUCGAAAGCGUCCCUUUUUUAGUGGAGAGGCUCAAGAUCCAAGUGCUUCCCUGUAUCAUAUCGUUUGUGGACGGCAUCUCUGUGGAUCGUCUGGUGGGCUUUGAAGAAUUGGGAAGCACAGACAAUUUUACCACUGCUGCGAUCGAAAAGCGAUUGAGCCAGUCCAAGGUCAUCACAAGCGAAGGACAAACAACUGAGGCAGCCGUGCGAAGUACAAUCUUUGGUUUUCAGGAAAAGAUCGAGGAGAACGACGACUGGGAAUAGAGCCACCGUUGCGAGUGAGCGUGGUA